GUGGCGUGGUCGGGUAGUGCCGAGCUCACUAGGGUAGUGUUGAGCGCAGAAGAGCAUUUGGGGAGGAGGGGAAACAGAGAUAGGCUCGCCAACUGGAAUCCAUUCCUUGUCAUACCUUUCGAGCAAGCUGCUUCGUAUAUUGCAUUUCUGAUUAAAAGGAAGAAGGUGGAAAAUGAGCAGUACAGUGUGUUACAAAUGUAACCGGACGGGGCACUUUGCCCGCGAAUGUAGCCAAGGCGGAGGCAGAGAUGGAGGUUACGGUGGUGGAAGCUUCGGCGGAGGCUUCGGUGGGCCACGUGGAGGACGUGGUGGUGGCCCACGUGGUGGUAGUGGAGGUGGAGGCGGCUUCGGUCGUGAUAAUGGAGGCGGCUACGGCCGUGGUGAGUCAUCAUGCUACAAUUGCAACAAGCCUGGCCAUAUUGCCCGCGAUUGUCCUGAAUCAGGAUCUAAGACAUGCUAUAACUGUGGCAAGAACGGCCACAUUUCACGUGAAUGUGACGCACCUGAUAACCGUGGAAGUGGCGGUGGCGGUGGUAACUACGGCGGAAGAAACCGAGAUUGCUACAGCUGCGGAAAAUCUGGACACAUCUCUAGAGACUGCCCUGAUGGGGGCAGUGGAGGCCGAGGUGGUGGUGGAUAUGGAGGUGGCGACCGGAAAUGCUACGGUUGCGGAAAUGUUGGGCAUAUUUCCCGAGAUUGCCCAAAUUCUAACCGUGGCGAGGAAAACGAAUCCAACUAUCGUUAAUUUGC